CUGAGGUUCCUGCAGCACCGAGAGAGAGAGACACCAUGGCUUCUACCAAGAUGUUGCUGCUCUUGCUCUCAAUGGCCUUGCUGGCCCUGAGCUCAGCUCGGGACGUCAAUGACGGUACUGAGGUUGAAGACUUACGUGAAGAGCUAGAAGUCCCUCAAGACGAAGAGGAAGAGUCCCAACUCUUAGGUACUGAAUCACCGGAAGAACACUCAGAGGGAUUGCGAAAUAAAUCUCAAGGAGAAGAACAUGGAGGUCAGCAUGGCAAUAAGGGCAAAGAUGGGGAAAAAGACCAUGGUCAGCCUCGCGAGCGUCGCAGCCAGAAGGACCAGGAAAGCUCAUACAGAGGCCGGGAAAGCUAUAGAAGAGGAAGAAGAGGUGUCCAAAGUGGCCAAGAUGGUCAAGAUGGCCAAAGUGGCCAAGAUGGUCAAGAUGGCCAAAGUGGCCAAGAUGGUCAAGAUGGCCAAAGUGGCCAAGAUGGUCAAGAUGGCCAAAGUGGCCAAGAUGGUCAAGAUGGUCAAAGUGGCCAAGAUGGUCAAGAUGGCCAAAGAGGCCAUGAAGGUCAAGGUGGCCCACGUAGCCGACGUGGCAGAGGUGGACAGGGUAGCCAUGGUGGCCAGAGAAGCCAGCGUGGAAGAGAUGGCCGGGAUGGUCAGAGAGGUGGCCAAUGA